UGGUUAAAUCCAGUCCUACUUAAGCCGGACGCAACUCAUGGAAAUCCCUGCAAAGCUCAAUUCAAACCUAUACGGGAUUUAGACAAUUACGUGUCCGAGUCUAAAAAAGGGACCUUUUUUACUUUGGUGGGACCAAAUCUGGUCCAAUGGCAACAGUUUGCCCUUAGAAGGACUGUAUAAAUGCUCCCUAAAAAGGGCACUUGCAGCUAAACCCGGGAAAGUGUGAACAAGAUUACAGAGUUGGCUGGAGCUCAGUCAGAGCUUUUACACGGUAUAGCUAUAUGAACUGGGAGAUACCAACUAAAAGUCCUAAUACAGAUAUGAAUUGUGGUGGAUGCUUUGGUUGCUCAUCUAAACACAAGAAAAGGGAUGAUGCGCAGCAGCCUUCCCGUGGCAUAGAUGGCCAAUUACUUGGAAAAGUCAACUAUUUUUCCUAUAAGGAGUUAAGAUCAGCAACUGAAGAUUUUCAUGUACGCAAUAAGAUAGGGAGAGGAGGUUUUGGAACUGUUUACAAGGGAGUCCUGAAAAAUGGAAAACAAAUUGCAGUAAAGACACUUUCUGCAGAGUCAAAGCAGGGCGUGCAAGAAUUUAGAACUGAGGUCAAUACUCUCUCUAAUGUCAAGCAUCCAAACCUUGUUGAGUUGCUUGGUUGCUGUAUUCAAGGAACCCAGAGGACAUUGGUCUAUGAAUAUGUGGAAAAUGGUAGCCUUGAUCGUGUAUUAUUAGGUGCAACAAAAACAAAUAUAAAGCUGGACUGGGAAAAAAGAUCUGCUAUUUGUGUGGGUAUUGCUAAAGGUCUUGCAUUCCUUCAUGAAGAACUUGUACCACAUAUUGUGCAUCGAGACAUCAAAGCCAGUAAUAUUCUUCUUGAUGAAGAGUUUAACCCAAAGAUAGGAGACUUUGGAUUGGCUAAACUUUUCCCAGAUAACAUCACUCACAUUACCACAAGGAUAGCAGGGACAACUGGCUAUUUGGCACCAGAGUACAUCUUGGGUGGGCAGUUGACCAGGAAGGCUGAUGUUUAUAGUUUUGGGGUGCUCAUACUUGAAAUAAUUAGUGGCAGAAGCAGCGGAAAGGCAAACUGGGGGGGCAUGUCAAAAUUCCUUCUUGAAUGGGCAUGGCAGCUCCACGAAGAGGGAAAGCUCUUGGAGCUAGUUGAUUCAGAGAUGGAAGAAUUUCCAGUAGAAGAUUUACUCAGAUACAUGAAAGUAGCUUUCUUCUGUGCCCAAGGGGCAGCCAGCAGAAGACCGCUGAUGAGUCAGGUUGUUGAGAUGCUUUCAAAGAACAUUCGACUCAAUGAGAAGGAACUUACAGCCCCUGGUUUUUUCCAAGAUUCCGAAAGUAGUCAAGGGGCUUCGAGUAAGAAAUCAGCAGACACUACUUUUAAUCAGAUGAGUUCAGUUCCUACCACCAUUACUCAGGUGACCGCUAGGUAAAGAAUGAUGUAUAUUCUCACGGUUGAGCCUUGGAUGAUUGACCAAAAUUGGAACUUUGGUUCUUCAGUUUUAUCAGUCAAAGAAAAGAAUUUUAGAGAAAAAAAGAGGACAUCAGAGAGGACGACAGAAAGAUUUAUUUACAGAGCAUGUUCAUCAAUUUUUUUCCUUGUUUUUAUUUUUUACCGAAACAAAUUCUGAAUCAUAAAUAAAUGAGUUAUAAAGGAAGAUCCGAAUUCCUAUUCCCCCA